GGCGCUCACCCAAUGGACUCCAUGCACUCACCAAACGCUCAUUAUCAUUUAACUCUAGUUAUCUCCUCUUCAGCAUUUGACACACAGUCUAGAGUUUAAAAUGGGCUUUUGCUGGAAGUUUAUGCCAUAGGAUUUUGUUUUAGACCAGGUAACGGCAGCUUUAGCUCUUAAAUGCCAGCAAAAGCCCCGUAAAGCAAUGUUUUUUGCAUUAGUAAUGGUAAGUCAUGCCAUCAGUGGAUUGAUGAACUGUCAUGUGAUGCUGACACCCGAAUCAUAAACUCUGUUUUGUCUAUCUUGAUGUCUCUGUGUGCUUUAUAGCGAAGCAGCCGACCUGAAUCGCUUGUUCAUUAUACAACUUAUGAAACUUGAGAGCACAUCCCAGUGGAGAUCCGGCUGUGCUUGCUUACAUUUGGUUCAUGACUUAAAAAAUCAAGUUCAGGAGUGAUUCCUGACGAAUCCAAGGCUCUGUCAUUGCUGGCUCCAGCCAAUGCCGUCGCAGGAUUGCUGCCAGGAGGCGGACUCCUCCCGACACCCAACCCCGUCCCAUCUAUGGGUGGCGUUCAUCUAGGAGGCCUAGGAGGGCCAAACUUGGACCCCAUGGCAGCUCUGGCCAUGGCGGCACCCAAUAUAAACACUCAGUCUUUGUCAGCUGAGCAGCUCAUGAAGCUUAUGGCGUCCAUAGACCCCAAGCUGAAUCACUUCGCCGCGGGGCUGAGUCUGAACCCUGGACUAAAGGCAGAUGGCUCGAAAGAGAUCGAAGAAGCCAUGAAGAGAGUAAGAGAAGCACAAUCUCUGAUCUCCGCAGCCAUCGAGCCUGGAAGUAAGAAGGAUGAUAAACGCAAGCGCUCUAGAUCCAGGUCCAGAUCCAGACGCAGGAGGUCCGGGUCUCGCUCCAGACACAGGCGUUCCAAGAGUCAUUCCAGACGGAGAUCUCGCUCCAGGAGCAGGAGGAGGUCCAAGAGCCCCAAGAGGAGGAGAUCUCAUUCCAGGGACCGCAGCAGACGCUCCAGGUCCAGAGAUCGGAGGAAGGAAGAAAAGAACAGGAAACGUUCAAAAACUCCACCCAAGAGCUACAGCAGCGCCAGACGCUCCCGCAGCACCAGCCGCAAACGGCACAGAAGAAGUCGCAGCGCGUCUCGGUCGCCGAAGAAGUCACGAUCUCCCAAGAGGAAACUGUCCCGCUCGCCGUCUCCUCGCAGACACAAGAAAGAGAAAAAGAAGGACAAAGACCGUGAGAGAGACCGUGACCGAGACCGGAAGGACGACUGGGACAGAAAUCGGGACAAAAGAGAACGUUCCUCCAGCAAGAAGAGCAAAGACAAAGAAAAGGACCGAGACAGAGACAGGAAGUCCGACAGCGAGAAGGGAGAUGUGAAGGUGACCAGGGACUACGACGAGGAGGAGCAGGGCUACGACAGCGAGCACGAGGAAGAGCGCGAGAGGAACUCAGACGCCGCCUCGUCGCCGCAGGCUAAAGAGCUUCGAGCGGACAGCGCAGACGACGCGGGCCGCGGAGAGUCAGACGGACACAGUGAAGACCAGCGAGAUGAAGACAUGGACAUGAGCGACUGAAGCAGUGUUCGAGUGUGUUGAUUAACAGAGUUCAGACGGAGAUCAGUCGGAACGUUUUCCUGUCUGAACUCCUUCAUUCCUCCUCGUUUUUUUAAAUUCUGCAUCUUCAGAAUCUGCUGUAUUUACUGGUACAUGUUCCCCGGGUUUUAGAGCUGUUUCUUCUCUCAUGGCUAAUGUGGAACGAUGUUAUACUGUAUAUUUAGUGUAGAACGUUGAAAAAUACACCCAUUCGCUAUGUCCGUUUGCGGGUUCUAUUUAAAGCGAUCACCCUCUAAUUGUGUUUGGAUAACAUUGUCAAGCAGCGGUUUUCUUUUUCUCCUUUUAAUAAUUGCAUUUGUUUUUUUAUAGCUAGCUUGAGUUAGUUUGUCUUUUUAAACUCUCAGAACGUUUGUGGAGCUUCACGUAAACUGGAUUAGUUUUUCUCGCAGGUCAUUCGACAGUCCAGCUGUAUUUACCGCAGUGUGUUUUUCUGUAGUGAACACUGUAGUUUGCUAAGAAAAUGACUUCUCUGUACUGUUUGCAAUGUUACCAACUGAAAAUAAAAACUUCAUAUAAAA